AUUUAAAACAGAUUCAUUCAAACUUUGAAUAUGCAAAUACAAAAAUAUAAUCUUGACAAAUAUAUCUCAAUGAUCCUUAACAAAAGAGCAAAUUUGAAUUAAUGUGGCUCCAAUUCUAAUAUUUUAAACUAUACGUAAAAUUCUAAAACUAGUGAUCUCGACAUAGCAAUAUCAAUAUAUUUGGUACAUGUUACAGAUCAUAGAAAAAUAUUAGCUGAACAAUGGAUUCUUUGUUUAAAAAAUGAUCUCGUCAUGAAUUAACAAUGUGGCAAAAUUUGUUAAUAAGAAAAUAUUUCACUUUGCUGUAUGCUUACAAAGAGUCCAUUAUAUUAGAAUUUUAUAGUUAAAUAAUCAAGUUUAAAAAACUACUAACUUUAAAUAAUAAUUGAUCACAAUGGGAAAAACUAGAAUUUAGAAUUAUAUAAAUGUUAUCAUUUAAACGUACAUCAGAAUCUUGGAAUUGUAGCUAGGUUUCAUUAACAUCUGAAUCUAAGCUAAGAAAUGAGUAAGUAGCGAUCAUUGUCAUUUUAAGAGUAAACAUUGAUACCAAAACAAAAUAAUAAAUUAACAAGAUUUAAUUCAGAAUAGAUAUAAACUCCUGAGAAAAAAGUGUUUAUGUAUUUAUUUGAAGAGGAUGUAACAUUUUUGAUAGAUGAAAAUUAAGUUGAAAGAGUAAUGAGUUAGAAUUCUGAUUCAGAUUUUAUGAUUCAAACAAUUGAUGAUGAAACAGAUGUGACUGAGUGGUAGGUUAUAGAUCAUAAAUAAUUAUUGAGUAAAAGUUAAAAGAAGAUGCUUGAAGAUUUAAAAUUGAUGAGAGAAAAUUUUAAUUAUAAAUCUAAGCAUUCUCACUAAAUAAAAAAGAUUUUAGAAUUUAUGGUAUAAUGAACUAAUGAAUAAGAGUGAUUGCUUG